UGCAUUUUCUGCUAGUAAACAUUAAACAAGCAAAAUGAAGAAAACUUUUCUAUUUUCUCGUCAAUAAAUCUUUAAAAAAUAAAUAAAAUUCGCUAAAAUGAAAACUGAAAAACCUGCAAAACCCGAAAUCACACGGCCUUUCAAAUUAGCUCAUCAAAUUGUUAGCCUCACCGGGAUAAGUUUCGAGCGUAGAAGUAUUAUUGGAUUUGUUGAAUUAACGAUCGUCCCGGCCAAGGAAGACCUCCACAUAAUUCGUUUGAAUGCCCAGCAAUGCCGAAUCUAUCGUGUGGUAUUGAACGAUGUUUGCGAAGCCAAAUUCGUCUACUUCGACCCUUUCAUGAAUGUCUGUCAGACAGACACAAAAACACGCUCGUUGGAGACUUUUUCGAAACACCAUUUAACCGCUGCUCAAAAAACCAAUCCAGAUAUCAACGCCGGAGAACUUAUAAUCGAAGUCCCACCAGAGGGCUUCCACAUGAUCCAAGAAGGUCGGGGUCUUCGCAUUGGAAUUGAGUUCUCGAUAGAGAACCCCAAGGGAGGCAUACACUUUGUUAUACCUCCUGAAAUCGAAGGCCAGCCACCUGCACCCAACUCUGCUCACAUGUUCACUUAUGGCCAUGAGAACUCCACACGACUGUGGUUUCCUUGUGUCGAUAGUUUCGCUGAUCCAUGCACUUGGAAGCUAGAAUUUACCGUGGAUAAGCUACUGACCGCGGUAUCCUGUGGAGAACUGGUGGAGGUAGUAAUGACUCCGGAUUUAAGGAGAAAAACAUUUCACUAUUCCCUUACGACUCCGGUAAGUGCUCCAAACAUAGCUCUGGCUAUUGGACCUUUUGAAAUUUACGUUGACCCACACAUGCACGAAGUCACCCACUUCUGUCUGCCCCAAUUGAUGCCGCUAUUGAAAAACUCUGUGCGGUACAUGCACGAGGCGUUUGAGUUCUUCGAAGAAACUCUCUCCACUCGAUAUCCAUUCUCGUGCUACAAACAAGUGUUUGUAGACGAGACUGAUGUCAAUAUAGCCGCAUACGCCACCUUGAGCGUUGUGUCCACCCAUUUGCUUCAUUCAAUUGCAAUAAUCGAUCAAACAUAUGCAACUCGAACGGCUAUGACCAAGGCUAUUGCUGAACAGUUCUUCGGGUGCUUCAUAACCACUCAGCGGUGGUCGGACACCUGGUUGGCAAAGGGCAUUGCAGAAUACCUCUGUGGAUUGUAUUCGAAAAAAUGCUUUGGUAACAACGAAUACCGGGAGUGGGUUCAGAAGGAAAUGGCCUCGGUAGUUCGGUACGAAGAGCAAUAUGGAGGAAUCAUUCUCGAUUGUAGUCAACCGCCGGCUCCAUUGCCAGUGCUAACAACUAAUCCUGCCAAUGUCGCCAAUAAGUCCCAAGAGGUUCCUCAUUACUUCCCAAUCAACUUACACACCGUAUCGCCAAAGUACAUCGAAGCGAUGCGACGUAAAGCUCACUUGGUGAUACGCAUGUUGGAAGAUCGUAUCGGGCAGGAACUGCUCCUCCAGGUGUUCAAUAAACAACUGGCUCUGGCAACAAAUGCAGCUGGCACCAAAAUCGGCAAUGGUCUCUGGCAUCAUCUCUUGAUCUCCACAAACAUCUUCAUCAAAGCCAUCUUCACCGUAACUGGAAAGGAUAUGUCUGUAUUUAUGGAUCAGUGGGUUCGGACGGCAGGUCAUGCCAAAUUCUCCCUAACCUCGGUAUUCAAUCGAAAGAGGAACACAAUUGAAUUGGAAGUCCGCCAGGAUUCGGUCAAUCAAAAGGGUGUUAAGAAAUACAACGGACCACUGCUGGUGCAGUUACAGGAGUUGGAUGGUACAUUCAAACACAUCCUACAGAUUGAGAACACCGUAGUGAGAUCGGACAUCACCUGCCAUUCGAAAAGUCGGCGUAACAAGAAAAAGAAGAUCCCUCUUUGCACAGGUGAAGAAGUAGAUAUGGACUUAUCUACUAUGGAUGAUUCUCCAGUUCUAUGGAUUAGACUUGAUCCGGAAAUGAUUUUACUGCGAGAUUUGAAUAUCGAACAACCCGAUUUCCAAUGGCAAUUUCAAUUGAGGCACGAAAGGGACGUCAUGGCUCAAUUCGAAGCGAUUGCGGCACUUGAAAAAUAUCCCACCUCUGCAACGAGACGAGCCCUCACCGAUACUAUCGAGAAUGAGAGGUGUUUCUACAAGGUGCGCUGUGAGGCUGCACACUGUUUAACUAAGGUUGCCAAUGCUAUGGUCACAUCAUGGAAUGGUCCGCCAGCAAUGUUGAACAUAUUUCGAAAGUUUUUUGGAUCGUUUAGUGCCCCGCAUAUCAUAAAACAGAAUAACUUUUCUAACUUCCAGCAUUAUUUCUUGCAAAAGACAAUUCCAGUUGCGAUGUCUGGUCUUCGUACAUCGCACGGAAUUUGCCCACCGGAAGUCAUUCGUUUUCUCUUGGACUUAUUUAAAUAUAACGACAACACCCGUAAUCAUUACUCUGACAACUAUUAUCGAGCGGCUUUAGUUGACGCAUUGGGUAAUUCAAUUACUCCAGUCGUGUCUGUUGUUCUACAAGGUGCACCAAUCACUUCAGAAAAUUUAUCAGCCGAUGCAAAAGUUGUAUUGGAAGAAGUCACUCGACUGUUGAAUCUGGAAAAACAUCUUCCCUCCUACAAGUACACCGUUUCAGUAUCUUGUCUCAAAGUAAUUAGGAAACUCCAGAAAUGUGGACACCUGCCAUCGCUGCCAAAAAUCUAUCGGUGCUAUGCUGCCUAUGGUCAAUAUAUUGAUGUUCGUGUAGCAGCAAUGGAAUGUCUGGUUGAUUUUGUAAAAGUCGACGGUCGUUGGGAGGAUUUAGAUCAUUUGGUGAACCUUUUGGAAUCAGAUCCGGAUCCUGCGGCAAGACACGCGUUGGCACGUCUUCUCAUUGAAAAUCCACCAUUCACAAAAAUGCAACGAAGUCGUCUGGAUAAACCGGAAUUGGUCGAGAGGAUUUGGAAAAAUAUGAACAACAACUUAUCCCACGAUACAAAGCUUCGUUGUGACAUGGUCGAUUUGUAUUACGCUUUGUAUGGCAUCAAGAAACCAAUAAGUUUGCAAUCGUCCGAUGUUUCAGGCAUGUUUAAGGAGUUUGUCAAAGAAUCUGCUCCAAAAGCUCGUUCCAUUAAUCAGGAUUUCAAGCCUUUUGAAAGUGAUUCUCCCCGAGAUCCACCUGAGAUAGCAGGCCCCAUCAAAAGAUCAGCAUCCGAAGCAUUCGAUGAGCCACCUAUCAAAGUCGAAGAACAAGAUGAUGUCAAAGUGGAACCAUUUGAAGCUGAAGUAGAAGUUGAUGGCAAAUCGUCAUCUGUAGCCGUAGACAAUGAAGCUUUAAGUAGUAGCGAAGCAAAACGACUCAAAACAGAAUACUAUUCAGACAAUUCAACAUCGCUGCCAGGUGCUCUGCCCACACCAGGACCGGUUGGCUUUGAACCAGGAAUGUUCAAGCACGAAGAUGAUAGCAAAUCAAAAUCUGAUAAUUCAUCAAAGACGAAGAAGAAAAAGAAGGACAAAAAGAAACAUAAACACAAGCACAAACAUAAGCAUAAUAAGGAUAAAGAUCGUGAGAAGAAGGAAAAAGAAAAGAAAGAUCCCAGUUUCACUCGGAUUCAAGCUAAAGAAGAAACACCAGAGACUCUAAGUUCUGGUGAUAGUUCGAGCAACAGCAAUCCACCGCUUAAUUAUACGAACUUUUUUUAAACUAAAUAAAAAUAAAACAAAAAAUAUAAACUGAAGCGAGCUCUUCUAUCAAAGGGCGAACCUUAAAAAAAAAGAGUGUUCAUCUUAUUUUAUUAAUUUGUGUAAAUAAAUAAAUGGUGAAUUAUUUAUAUA